AUGUCUUCACUGAAAAACAAGCUUGCGUUCUGUAUUGAAUGUGUUGAAAAACAUAAUUACGAAUGUUUCACAAUAUUAAAUGACUUUCUAAAAGAAAAUGAGCUGCGGGUAUCUUCAGACUUGGAAAAGAAUAUACAUGAGCAUUUGACAAGCCUUACAAAAUCUUUGCAUGAGUAUUUUCCGGAGCAGUUGCAGGACAUGGACUGGGUGCAGAAUCCGUUUGUAAAUCACACCAAACCUUCGAUGCUGUCGGUGUCAGAGUAUGAGAAUUUGAUUGACAUCAAAUUUUCAUCAACGCUAAAACAAAAGUAUGAAGAAGGAACUUUUGAUUUAAACGCCUUUUGGAUUGGACUCAAAGAUGAAUACCCAGAAAUUGUUAAUAGAGCCAUCACAUUACUGUUACCGUUUGUGACGACUUACCGAUGCGAGACUGGUUUUUCCGCAUAUGCUUACACCAAAAGCAAGUACAGAAAUAGACUGGAUGCAGCUCCAGAUCUUCUGUCUGUCAUUAAGCCUAAUUUUAAUGCUAUUUUAAGAAAAUAUGUAAAAAAAUUUCAUUCGUCACAUUAA